AUGCACCGCUCUUCAAUGGCUGCCGUCACAAAGGCGCCGCGGUCGGUGCAGCGGCGGCGGCGGCAGGAGGAGCUGGAAGACAUCUGGGUACCUUGUUCAGGGAAAGGUGGAAAAGAUUGCGUCUCCCCGGGCACUCGUCUUCCCACAGCGGUCCGAUCCGAGCACCAGAUGGACCCCGACGUGGAUGUCUUGGCCAAGCAGAGCGUUAUCCGACCACCCGCCCCGCCUGACAUAAGCCGUGUGUGGGGUAAGAGCAUUAGGAGGCAGGGGGUCCUCCGGGACUAUGGAGACACUUCAGUAAUAAACGAGUGA